GGAGAGAGAGAGAGGCAAAUGCUCCCCCAGCUGUUUCCUGUCUACAGUGUCUGUGUAAUGUAGAUAAAUGUGAGGAUUUUCUCUAAAUCCCUCUUCUGUUUGCUAAAUCUCACUGUCACUGCUAAAAUCAGAGCAGAUAGAGCCUGCGCAAUGGAAUAAAGUCCUCAAUAUUGAAAUGUGACAUUGCUCUCAACAUCUCACAUCUCUCUGGAUUUCUUUUUUCUCAUCAUUACUGCUAACAAAUUCAUUUCCAGACUUUGCACUUUCAAGAAGCAAUGGAAAAAAUCAACAGUCUUUCAACACAAUUAGUUAAGUGCUGCUUGUGUGAUUUCUUGAAGGUGAAGAUGCACACUGUGUCCUACAUCCAUUUCUUCUACCUUGGCCUGUGUUUGCUUACCUUAACCAGUUCUGUUGCUGCUGGCCCAGAAACACUCUGUGGUGCUGAGCUGGUUGAUGCUCUUCAGUUCGUGUGUGGAGACAGAGGCUUUUACUUCAGUAAGCCCACGGGGUAUGGAUCCAGCAGUAGACGUUUACACCACAAGGGAAUAGUGGAUGAAUGCUGCUUCCAGAGUUGUGACCUGAGAAGGCUGGAGAUGUAUUGUGCUCCAAUAAAGCCGCCUAAAUCCGCACGGUCCGUACGUGCCCAGCGCCACACCGACAUGCCAAAAGCACAAAAGGAAGUGCAUUUGAAGAACACAAGUAGAGGGAACACAGGAAACAGAAACUACAGAAUGUAGGAACAUGCCAUCCACAAGAAUGAAGAAUGAAUGUGCCAUCUGCAGGAUACUUUGCUGUAAAUAAAUUAUUUGUUAAACAUUGGAAGACUUAAAAAAAAAAAACCCUUUGUUUUAAAAAGCUUGAUGCAAUUUCAACCAAUGGGCAUUCUCCCAGUGAACAAUGCAACUAAACAUUCCAAUAUUAAGUCUUUAGAGAACAGAACAUUUUAACCAGCCCAGAGCUAAAAAAUUCUGUGGUUGAUAUAUUACUGUUUGUUAACCUGUUUUAAAUGUCCUGCACGAAAACUCUUAAAGUCCUGUGCCACUCAAAAGCCUACAAAUUUAUGGGCCUUUGAUGGAUCCAAUUGCACUAAAUUAACCUAUGAACACUGGCUGCUGGAGUCAUUCAUCAGCCUUGUCUAAGUGGUGGUUUUUUUAUUUGCACUUCUUUACAAGCAACAGGCUGUUUGUUUUACAGUGUCUGCAAACAUUGUUUGUCUAUCCCUUCAUAUUUGCACAGUUUGACAUUCCCAGUAACAGCAGCAGUAAGGUAACAUAUACAGUUUUAAACAUCCAUUAAUUCCAUCUGUGGCAUUUUGACAAAAUAUGGGUUAUAGAUGCAUUUGUUUUAAGACAGUUUUAUUCUUCCUUCUCUUGCAAACGUGCAAUUUUUUUGCAAUUUGUGAGACAAAAGAUUUUUAAAAGCAGUUAAAGCAUACAUAGGCUCUCAAACCAGUAAUGAUUCUUCCAGGUAAUUAUUUUGCAACAAUAUAGGUAACUUCUUUCUUCCUCCAUAUAAUGCAGUAUGUAAAAUUUAGCAUAACAAUACACAUAUAUCAAACAGUAUGUAAAAAAAUCUCUGUUUUAUAGUACAACGGUGCUAUUUUAUAGUUUGUUACAUGAAAGGGUCUGGCCAAAACAGUAAUAAGUAAAAGCAAAUAUGGAAAGACCAAGCCAAAGAUUAAAUAAGAAAAUACAUUCAAAAAUAUUCAGCUUCAAUCAAUGAAAAUAGCUUCAGAUUUCAACUAGAAAAUGACUAUCAUCUUCAAAAGAAAAUUCAGACACUUGUUUCCUUUUAGAUACUUGAAGGGUGGUGUUUUGACAUCUGAUUAUGUGGAAUGCAAACUCAUAGUUGUCUAGGCCCAGAGAAGACAAUUUGAAAAACAGCCCUCAUGUGACUUCAAAGGAUAGUCCACCAGGGCCUAAAUGUUCCUGAAAUAUCAGCAUUCUGUUCAAUAAUAAAGGGGUACUCAAGUUUCCUUCCAUUUUAAUUCUUCCCACAAUCAGGUGUGGCUUACCUGACUGUGAGCUAGGCUGCUGCAUCUCUCUAUAAAUCAGAAAGGCUAACCUAAUCACCAAAUUACUAGUGUAGAAUGAGUCUUCAAGGAGAGAUUAACAAAACGUCCUUACACCCUUACUUACAACUGCCAUUCACGUGCUCUUGUGGGAGACAGAGAUCCCCAGAUAAUCCCUGCCAUGUAACUUUGAUGGGCCCUGCACUGGUUCUACCUUGAAUAACACCGUGUCCUCUGCUGCAUUUUUGUAAACCAGCCCAGUGCAGAUUGGCCAAGCAGUGAAGGGUCAUAAGCAGCCAAGAGUGUCUCAAGGUGAGCAUUAAACAUACCUGUGGGAGAACGGAAGGUAGAGGAGAACUCACUGUUCCACCCUGUUCAAGAACUCAAAUGUGGUCCCAUUCAACUUUUUUUGUGUUAGGCUCAGGCAAGGGAUGAAGCAUCUCUUGGUCAGGCUCCAAAGGGGGGCUGGAAAACAGUGUAUGAAGGGAGCAGUUAGGGAGGUGGUAGAUUAGAUCUAUAAAGGAAGUGUCUCCUUUUGAAGGCUGCUCAAAUCAGCCUUACUUUCCACUCCAACCAAGGGAGUCAGUAACUAUUGACUUCAAUACAAGAGAAAGUUCUCUCCAGACUAUAUAUGUACAGCUCCUCAAUAGUCCCUUGUAAACAAGUAGGAAAGGUCAUAAAAGUCUAACAAAUUAUUGUAGUUUCUUUUAUAUUCCCAUAGCAAAUUUGCGGUUUGUAUUCUUAACAAGUGCAAUGUAUUCCUAUACAACUCUUUAAACCCUCUGCUUUCUGUGAGAUGGAUGUCUAUAUGCACAAUAAGCUGCCAUAGCAAUGUAAAAGUAGAACAGUAAAUGAAUAAAAAGAAUAUGUCACAGCUCUCACUGACUGAGAUAGUUAUGUUGAAAAAGGAAGAAAGAAAAGAGAAACAGAUGUGGAAACUAAUCUAAAUUAUUUACCACCAAUUCAAUAAACAGAGUUAGCAAUUCUGAUACCUGUCACAGCUCCUACAGGCUUCUUUUUCACAGGGGGGAUGGAGAGGGAAGGACUUUUAUUUUAAUGGCUAUAAGAAUUCUGCAACGUAAUCUAAGAACAAACCAUUAUUUUGAUGUAAUGGACAUAAUACAAGUUUCUAUUUCAUGCCCCAUGAACCUUUCUGUCCCCUGUUUCUUCUGAAGUUCUAAGGGGAAGAGGGAAGAAAGGUGUGAGUGUAGAAAGCAAUUUACAGUUAUCUGUGGCAGCAAGUUCUUUGUAGAUAACUUUUUUACUGAUGCGCUUUUAACUGAAUAACUAUCCAUCCUUUUGCAUUAAUUCCUGUAAAUUAAUUCAAAUUUUUGGUCUUAUCUUGGGAUUCACACACUCACAUUCAUGCCACUGUAUUACUCCUGCUGAAAAACCAUAAUUAGAAAAUGUCACUCUGAGACAGAAAUAUUUAUCACAAUUUGACAACUAUCUAAACAAAUUAGAACAAUUCUUGAAAGCAACUAAAUAAAUACUGAAUAGCUGCAAACUUCAAAGGCAACACCUUGCUUUACUAGAGAAUAAAUGAUAUCACAAAAUGGAAAGUAGCUCCAGCCGCACAGAGGUGAGAAAUGCACGAAUGGGGAAUGCAUUUUGCAUAAGAAGUCUCCAGUCAUAUUGCAGGGAGCAUAUUUUAAACCAGUUAGUGUGAAAGAUAAAGGGCUGCAUGAGCUUAAUAAUCACCAUAAAAUCUGCUACUUAAAGAAGUUGAAGUGUGAGCCAAAGCACCUUCCUCCAAAAAGUACAAAGCAUUCUGUCUUGAAAAACUUCUAAUUAAAUAAAUUGAAAGGUUCAAGUGGACUUUUAAAAGCACUCCAGAUAUUUAGGAACAGGGAUCCCAACAGAUGCUGUAUAUUCUCAUAAGUCACUGAAAUGGUAAAGAAAAGCCUAUUUCUCACCCUUCCUUAUUGUAUAAGUUACAUGACAGAGAUCACAGAUCUUUGCUUUCUAGAAUAGACUUAGAACUCCAAAUAUUACACAGAAUAUCACUGAAAUGCAUAAGUAAAAAGUGAAUUAAGCCUCAUUUUCAGUCAGUCCAAAAAAGCACUGCAGAUCUAAACACACUGAAGUUACUAUCUCUCUUUCAUCAAGGUAGCAAAAUUUAAGUCUCAUCUCCAUAGUAAACAUAGUUAGUCAUUAAGAGUUUAAAUGGAUAAUUAAUAAAUCCUUUAUUCUUCUCAAGAUGUAGUUAUAAACCCACACCUCCAUUUCCACUAAGGACUUCUAUGAGCUCAUGUGCACCAUUCAGCCAAGAGAGACAAGAAAAUCAAAGCAUCCAGUCCUGGUAGAUACAUGAAAAUAGGUCCCCUUUUUUCCCAAGGCAGCUCACCAUGUCGAUUACUUUGGUAAGACUGAAGGGUGAAUUAGUGGUAAGCUUUCUUUACAGAAGUGAAUUCCACACACAGCUAGGAGCCGUGCUCAGCUGCCCCCUGAGCUCCUUGUUCUCUCAGUACCAAUGGUUAAAGUUGAUUAAUGAAGACUUUAGGCCAAGCACUGUGUCUUCUUGCUCUCCAUUCAACAAGCAAGUGUGUGAUAUGACAAGAUCAGAAAAGUGUAUUUGCAUAUUUGCUUUACCUGUUACUGAUUUGGCCAACAAUGCCAAAGUGGUGCUAUUGUUUUGUUUAAGAAAGUACUUGACUAAAAUAUAAAAGAAAGCAUAAAUAUUUUUUUAAUGUAUGAAAAUGACAAUUACAUAGGUAUGGUUAUUAAAAUAGAAAUAAAACUAGCCAUAACUUUUCAACUUUUUGUCACUCAAAAAACAGUAAUCUUAUAUCAAUGCAGGUGCGGCAGGAAUAAGAAUCAAAAUGCCACAAAAAUUCAUAGACUUUAAAUGAAAUUCUGAAUCUUUACUCCAAGUCAGAAAUUCAGAUGAAGAAAAGUGUUAGAAGUCAGGGAACUGAAAACCUUGAUAUGACUGAAAACCUUUCAGAUUGUGCAAGUUCUAUAACAUACCAGAGAUUUUUAAGCCACACUCUAGUCUGAAAUCAGUGUAGAGUUUGGCUUGGUCAGUGGCAAGAUACAAUCAAGAUUUUCACUGAGCACACAUUUUUAGUUUUACCUGAUUCCUUUCUCACUCAUGGUACAUAAUCCAAAACUAAAUGUUCUUAAAACCUGCAAAAGAUGCAAGCACAUCUGAAUUUAACAAGGAAUGAAUAAUAUUAUUCCUAACAGGAAACUGUUUUUUCCAAUUCUCACCAGUUCCAAAUUGUGAGAAAAAGUUGAAAUAUAUGGCUAACAGUCUGUGAAUUAUUUUUUUUUAUUACUUUAUGUGGUGUCUAUGAACAUCCUUAUGUGCAAAAUUUCACAUUUCAUUUUUUUAUUUUGAAAUUAUGCUAAAUUAAGCCCAAAAAGAGAUUAUUGGAACCUAUCGGCCAGAUAGAAUACUUAUGUUGCUCUGAUGAAGGUGUAAACAAUAUAUUUAAAAUGUUUUAUUUUUAGUCUGAAAAGGAAUAGUAAUAAUUUAUUUUUGGGGGAGGAGGUCUACUUAUACUGGUCCCUCUUUUUAGGAUACUAGUCAGUGGAAAUUAGUCUUCCAAACACCCAACUUCUAAAUCAAAACCAACGUGUAUUCCUCCCUCUUGCUCCACCCAGAAAACUUCAAACACUAUUGCAACAUAAUUCUAUUGUUUGUCUGUUUGUUUGGGAGGGUUGUUUUGCUUUGAUUCAUUUUGUUUUGAUUCUGGGGACAAGGGGUAAAGGAGGAGGAGAUGAGGCUUUCGAGUGAUAUUUUUUCUCUUGGGUACAAUCCGCAUAAAAUAAAGACUUUUUCCUAAUGAGAUUACUAAUUAUCCAAUUCAUGUGUGGAAGUGGCAUUCAGUAAAGCAACUAGAUUAAAUUUGUCUUGAAAGAAAGAUUUCAACAAAAAGUUGUUACCCAUUCUACUCCUACACUAAACAUUUUGCCUCUGACAGCACUAGAAUAUUCUACUGGACUAUAAAUGCCCAAACACACAGCAUCUGAUAUACAGAAAUCUUCUUUGACUUUAUUUUACACAAAGGGUGUUACAGGAACGUCUGAAAUUUGAUUACACAUCAGGAAGUCUAGAGAUGCCAUUCUGGCAGAGACCAAAAUAGGAAGGACCUCCCUGCUGAUUACAUUAGGAAAUCUUACACUAGGUUGCAUAAAGGGUGUAGCUGUGUAUACAUACACAUAUAUACACACAUGUACAUAUAUAUGUGUAUAUAUAGACAAUGCUACAGUGUGUGCAUGUCUAUGUGCAUGUGUGUGUGCACGUGUAUAUAAUGCUUUUCUUUUUCCUGUCAAGUAAAAUUUGAAAUGCUCGCUUUUUUCUCUUCAAAUCUUAUGGAUUAUAUUCAGUAAUCCAACUGGAAUCUAAUUUUAGAAGAACAUUGUGUAAUAUGGAUGUCACAAUUUAGAUCCUGUCUUUGUUUUCCAUACCUAAAGAAAUGACCAGACAUUUAAACCAUAAGACACCUCUUCAUUGUCAUCAGGCAAAUAUAUUUAUCUUUUUAGAUGCAGAUAUGAAAUACUAACUCAGAGGGCCAUAUUAUAAAAACUUUAAUUAAAAUUUUAUCUUUUAUUUCAUUUUUCUCCAUAAAACUUCUAUUAAUUCUGAUUUUUUUUUAAGUGUAAGCAUCUCUUCAAAGUCAGAAUAAUGGGUAAUAUAAACAGAGCAGAAUGAUUAUUUUAUCAUCACCUGAACUAUUAAUUUGUCAUUUAUACGUUUUUGUAAGAAUAAUUCAUCCCUCUCUACAGCACCCUUAACUAUAUCAGAAGUGGAAAAAGCUUAGCAAAUUCCUAUAUCCCAAAUUAUUUAUAAUAAUUCUUGAUUUCUGUGUUCUUCAGUAACUUUUUGUUUUGACAACUUGACUCACAGAAGUCAUAAAAAGCACCAAUGUGAUACUUCUGCUGCUAAACAUUCUUUCCCACAAGUAUUUAACAUACACCCACCUAAAAUAGCUACAUAUUAUGACUUUAUUGAAGUUCUUAAUAAACAAAAUCAAAACAGUUUAGAAGUAAUUUUUCCCACCUUUUUUUACCAAAUCAAAGGCAUUUGAUAAUAAUACAUUUUAUUGUAUUUUCCAUUAGUAUAAUUUAAUUCCUCUAAAGCAGCAACAAAAUACCUGCAGAACAAAAAGGAUUCUAUCCUGACAAAUAGGAUCAUGCUUCAUGUACUCAUGUUAAAUAAAAAGAUUUAGCCAGAUAACUAUAUAAACAACUGAUUAAAUGAAACUCAUACUUUGUAGUGAAAUAUUUAAGUUCAUAAAUUUAAAAUUCAAACGAAUGUUCCACUCUUUCUGGUUUACUGGCAUUAACCUGACUUAAGGUGUGAAAAAACCCUCACUUUAACAAUGAUCAAAGACAAAAGAACCAGAAACAAUAGACUAAAGUGUUAUCAAUAAAGAAGUAAAAUGUCCUUAUUUUGUGCACAGCAAUGAAUUCUAUCCUUUUUUUUUUACUAUAGAAUUUCAAAUGUAAUUUAUAUAAAUACUGCAUAAGAAUUAUGUUUCUCUUCAUUAUUUCCACUUAGAGACAAGCUUGAAUAUAAUACAGCACAUGCAAGUGACAGUGUAUUAUACAGUGCAUAAAAAAUAUCUUUUCAUUUAUUUCUGUCUCUAAGGAAUUAGUCCAACAGAAUUCUAUAGAAAUCCUGAAUAAGGUGAAAAAAUAAUCCUCAAAAGUACAUAAUGACAAUAGUUGCCUGAUUAAACUAAGUCUCAUCAGACAUGAGUCAUAAAAUGCUCCACUGAAAGCACACUGGUACUUCAUAAUGUUCUGAACAGCUUCACCUGUAGUCUGACACCUCUUGUUGCUUUUAUCAGAAUGUGAUGGUUCUGUUUCACAGUUUCUUAAUCCUUGGAGUCUUAGGGUUGAAUAUUAAACAUGUUUAUCAAGACUAAGGAUUUCAGGAAACAAAAUGAAAGUAGAAGAAGCAGCACCACCUGCUGCUGAUAAUCAAAUAAUGUAUAAGCUUUCUGUUCUCCCAAAUUACUGCAAAGCUACCCAGAAUGCUAAAAAAAGAGAUUAAUAGCACUUGGUUUUCAGGACAGCCUUUCCAUAAAGAGUAAUUGUCCUCUCUUUCUUCAGUGUUGGACCUCAAUUGGUAUCCUGACUAAAACUGGGGUUUCCAUGAUGCAAAGCAUGAAUGUGGAUAAAUGAGUUUCUGAUUUCACUACUGAAUAAUCCUACUAUCAACAUUUCAAGUCAUUAUAUCCAAACAGUGAAAAGUGUUAAGUGUUCAUUUACUAGAAACCAUUUAAAUAUCUAUUAAAGUUCUAACUGGAUUUAUUCUCUCUUUUUUAUUUUCUUGUGCUUACUCAUAAUACAAUGUCACUACUUGAUGACAAAUAAUAUUUCAUACUGUGUAUGUAACAUCAUUGUGUUGCAGAAUCCCCCAAAUACCUCAACAAUGUCUUUGUUGCGCUAUUCUCCCCAUUUAGCACUUAUAAGCUUUUCUAGUAACAACCAAUAAAUAAAAAAAAAAUGGAGCUCUUGAUAUGUACAAAUAUAAGGAAAAUUCAAGAAGUUUUGCUAGUUUGCAGUUCAUGUAAUGCCAUCUUGACCAUUCUCUUCCCCUCUCUCUAUGAGCUGUCUAGAACAGUAAACUUUGCUCCAUAAAUAAUAGUGUAUUCAUGCUUUUAAAGGCUUUUAUAUGCAUUUAUGGUAGGUAAAGGUUGGAAGAGGUAGUUGACUGAUUUUCACUUUUAUCUACUUUGAUUUCAGUAAAGGGCUUUGUCACUCUGUAUACAUAAAGGCUAAUGCACCCUUUGGUUUGUAGAAUGUACUGAAAUGUUUGCAACCCUCUUGGUAUCAGGUCCAAAAUGUGAAGCAUUACUGUUAAGAGGGUAUCUUUCUAAUGUAUUUGUAUGUAUAGUUUACACCUCUGUGAGGUCUAAUAAAGGAUUAUGGUUAAUAAAAAAUGUGUUGAAAAUUCAUCAUCCA